UUUAGUCUCUAUUUGACUUGUACAGUUUCAUUCAUUCAGUUUUAUAAGAUCAGUUCAGUUAAAAGAAAGUUCCAGAUUCUUUCAACUCUCUGUCAUUUUGCAUGGUAUCAGAGCAUAUUUUCCCUCAUUUUCUUUCUUGCCAAACAGAAAUUUUCUUCUGAUUUUCUUUGGUUUUCUUCAUUUUCUUGGUUGCUCAUGGCCUCAGAUUCGUCAAGUGCACCAUCUCCUUCAUCUGCACGAACUGCAAAUGCAGCUAUGGCAGAUGAAUCUGCCAAUAAUCCCUUUUUCCUACCAGCAAAUGAAAAUCCUGGUUUAAUUCUCACAUCUUAGCCUCUCACUGGUCCUGAGAAUUACAUGACUUGGGCGAGAUUGCUUUGAGUUCGAGAAAAAAAUUUGGAUUUGUCAAUGGUUCAAUUUCAGAACUGGCUCCAACUUCACCUUUGUUCAAUUCUUGGAACAGGUGUAACACUACGAUCCUUUCAUGCCUAACAAAUUCACUCAGUCCUGAUCUUAAGGCUAGUGUGAUUUACAUCAAUUCUGCAAAAGAUUUGUGGAUUGAUCUCAAGAACAAGUUAUCUCAGGACAACACUCCAAGACUGUUUAAGCUUCAAAAGGAAAUUUCACAUUUGGUUCAAGGAUCAAUGUCAGUGAGUUCCUAUUUUACGAAAUUCAAGACUUUAUGGGAUGAAUUUGUGAAUAAUCAGCCUUUCACAGUCUGUAAUUGUCCUUGUGUUUGUGGUUCUAAGUCUUCUCAGCUAAAUGCAUAGCAUAAAGAGCAUGUUUUUAGGUUUUUAAUGGGGUUGAACGACAGUUAUGGCACUCUGAUUGGGCAAAUCUUGCUAAUUGAGCCUUUUCCUUCUCUUAGCAUGGUAUGUUCAUUGAUUUUGCACGAAGAGAAAAGGAGAAGCAUAGGCAACAUUGUCAAUGUGGUUCAACAAGUUCAGCAAUUGGAUCCUGUUGCUAUGUAUGUGAAUGGCACUAGACCUUUUCAAGGCAAUCAAGGUCAUGUUCGAAACAAUGGAGGAAAAGGAGGUAACUCUAAGAAGGAAAGACCAGUCUGUAUUUACUGUGGUUUCACUGGUCAUAUUGCUGACAAAUGCUACAAGCUUCAUGAAUAUCCCCCAGGGUAUAAGCCAAAAGGUGGGACAAAGGCUAUGGCUAAUCAAAUCACAGGAGGUUUUGGUUUUGAUGGUCAUUCUAAUGCUCAGUAUGGUGAUGUUACUCAGCCCAACAUUGGCUUGCAGACUCCUUUUGGUGUUUCACAGUCAGGUUUUGGAGGUUUUCCUAGUGGUUUUUGUUUUCAGACUUGCCAACAAACCACUCAACCUCAAUGUCCAAUCUCACAAGUUCAAUGUGAACAGCUUCUCAAUUUUUUGAAAGCUCACAAUGCAUCAGGUUCAGGUUUUGGUACUCCAAAUGGACUUAGUGCUCAGACUGCAUCACAGGUUGCAUCAGUGAUGGCACCUGCUGUUCCAUCUUCCACAGCUACUUCUACUUCAUCAUCUUCUUCCAAUUUCUCAGGACCUUGCUCAAUGGAGCAUGAUUGGUCUGGGUAAGGAAAGCAAUGAUUUAUACCUGCUUCAAGCUGCUGUUCCUCCUUCAAAUUCAGCUGCUCUUGCCACCACUGUCAGUCAUAUUUCUUCAGAUUUAUGGCAUUCUAAAUUAGGUCACCCUUCUUUAGCCAAACUUCAAUUGUUGAAGUCAUUUGUAAAUAUUGAUGUUUCUAAUAAGGCUUCUUGUUGUGAUGUUUGCCAUUUUGCAAAACAGAAAAGGCUCUCUUUUCCCUCUAGCAUUCAUGUAACCACUAAACCUUUUGAAUUGAUACAUUGUGACCUAUGGGGUCCUUUUUCUACUCCUACUAUUGAUGGUUACAAAUUUUUCCUGACUAUUGUGGGUGAUUUUACCAGAUGCACAUGGGUCUAUUUGCUUAAACAUAAAUCUGAAACUCAAACUCUAUUUCCUAAAUUUGCAAUUAUGAUUUCUACUCAA